CCAAGGCCAAAUAAAACAAUAAUGGGUUGGAUAAAAUUCAAAGUGGUGGUCAGUGGACCGGAAACCAUCGUUAGACUGGUAUACGAAUGGUGUGGACUGUGGAAGAAUAAUGGGUUACGCCGCACUUGGAGUUGGACUGCCGUUGGCCGCUGCUCAUCUCGACGACCUGUAUAAUCAACAAACUCCUCCGGCUAACACUUACAAAUGGCGUUUGGUUUUAUCUUACGACGGCACUCGAUUCUCAGGUUGGCAGUAUCAACCAUCAACGCCAACCCUACAGUGCCUUUUGGAACAAGCCCUAACUCGAGUUACAAAGCUAGAACGUAAGGAUCUGUGUGUAGUCGGUGCAAGUAGAACCGACGCCGGAGUUCAUGCCCUCGGCCAGGUGGCACAGUUUGUUACACCAUUCAAUUACAAGGAUCUGCAGGACAUGCACGCAGCACUGAAUGGUCUUCUUCCUCCUGAUGUUCGAAUUCGAGAAAUCAGCCCUGCACUCCCCGACUUCCAUGCUCGUUUUUCAGUCACCGGAAAGAUCUACCAUUACAAGAUUUAUAACGACACUGUGAUGGACCCAUUCCAUCGUCUCUAUGCUUAUCAUAAUCUUUCCAAACUCAAUGUAUCUGUCAUGAAGGAAGCAGCCAAGUAUUUUGUAGGGAAACAUGAUUUUUCUUCAUUCGCAAAUAAGCAACGCAAUGAUCGCAUAGUCAACCCAGUCAAGAAUAUCUCUCGAGUGGAUAUAAUCGAAAAGGGACCCAUUUUGCAGGUUGAAGUUGAAGGGUCUGGAUUUCUGUAUAGGCAAGUCAGAAACAUGGUUGCUUUAUUGAUACAAAUUGGGAGAGAAGCACUGCCGCCAGACAUUGUUCCAAAGAUCUUGGAAACAUGUGAUCGGAAGGAACUUGCAAAGGUGGCACUUGUGGCUCCACCUCAUGGUCUGUUUCUAGUGGAAGUUAAGUAUAAUGAAGAACACCUCGGGCUUCCUGAAGAUGGGCCUUCAACUAGUUUUGGUAGGCAUCAUAGUAUUAGCAAAUGUAAACUUCAAUAUUAUUGAACAAGGUUUUCACUUUUAAGAGGAUAUUUAGGAUUUUGCAGCUUAUGUAUGUUUGUUUGAGGCUUAA